CAGCUGACCAUAGCAGCUGACAGAUGAGACGACAACAAUCUUUAGUCAUUUGACUCGCAUCUUGGUCGACUAGUUAUUGCAUUGUCACAUUAGUUUUACAUUUUACCAAGACCGUGGUGGACAUAUUUCAAGGUAUGCGCGAGAUCUCUUUUAUUGCAGUCGACUUCAGCUCAUUAAUUGCAUUGGAGAGGAGACAGUUCACGCUUUCCGUGUCUUGGCCAUCAGUGGGCCAACGUUAGCUUGGCAGCUUAUUUUAUUAAGCUAACCACUUGACAUCACCAAAAUGUCUGGACCAAACGGCGAUCCCAAUAUAACAAUUGAUGAUGGUAUCAUUGAGGACGACGAUGACUUUAACGGGGAAGAAUACGCUGCCAUCAACACGAUGUUGGACCAGAUCAACUACUGCUUAGAUGACCUUGAGGAUCGCAAUGAUGCGCUAAACGGCAAAUUACACGAACUGCUGGAAUCCAACCGGCAGGCGCGUCAGGAGUUCAGGGCGAAAAUCAACGAGGGGUUGGCUGAAGGUCACCAGCAUCCAGUCAUAGAGCCGUCCUCAAAUGAGGAUCGAACACCACCCGAAGAAAAAGAUAACGAGUAACCUUAAACACAAUGCAUUGGUAAUUGUAGCUGCUCCCCGUUGCAUUUCUUGCUCAUUCUGUGACCAUCCUAACUAGCCUAAAACCUAAACCUUUGGCCUGAUUGACCAGGGAUGUAAUGACAAGUAGCCAACGUGGGUAAAUUGACUCACAGGAAGUAGUAAACUUCAGAGUCUUGUGACUUUGGUAGAAUGAGGCUGUUCAGCUGCUGUAUUAGGUUUGCCACUUCCUCUGGGUUAGUUUAUCCAGGUUGCUCAUUUGACAAGGCUACAUGAAAUACUACCUUGGUUUAUUGUUGUGCAUAUGAAACCAAAAUAGAUGUGUACCCUGUCCACUCCAUUGAUAUGGAAGAAUACUCAUACCGCAGGCCAUGGGGUUUCACUUACCUCUGUGAGUCUGAAAAUGGGUACCAGCAGGACCCAAUUCUCCCAAGUCAGUAAUGCUGAAAAUACUGAAGAUGCUGAAUACUGAUGUCAUUCCAUAGCAGGCCUAUCUGUUUGGUGCAAUAAGUCAGAUCAUGUGUUUGUGAAAAGGCAUGUACAAAUGUAACCCAACCUGUAUUACAACUGUGUGUUGUUUGUACAGAAGUAUCGUAAGCAAAUAUUUUAAUUUAUUUAUGGACAUCAAGGUGUUAUUAAAAUGAAGUAAAACCAAAAAGCUGAAAAUGUAAUCAUCAAAUAUUUUAAUAUAAAUUAAAAGGACCCAAAUACAGAAAACAUCCAAAAAUACAUGAGACGUCCAGCUGCUAAAAAACCAACAACACUUUUUUUUAUUUUU